UACCAGACUCUAUUUCGGUCGUCGAAAAUUUAGAACAAAUUCCAUUUUACUAUCUGUGAUAGAGAAUUUUUAGGUUGUGCCGUUUCUUUUCUGUUCUUUCUCUUAUUAACAACACGCGUUGUUCGGCUAUACAAACGAAAUGUUACAUCGUUUGAUUGUCCUGUGCGCAGUGGCAUAUUUAGCAAAUGCCAACAUUUGCACGGAGCAACUCAGGGGUCAAUGCUAUGACCUUUUUACCGGACUCAACGGUGGCUGCACCCCCGGUCACGUUUACACAUACAGCUAUUGCGGGAUCUUUCAGAUGUGCUGCUACUACCAGCAGACUGGUGUCGUGACCGUGCCCCACGUGACACAGCCGCACAUUACUGCUGCUCCCACGGUUCAUACCGGCCCGGUAGCCCCCGGCCAAUGUGGUCAUACGUCCGUUGGAACGACGGCAAACAAGAUUGUUGGAGGCAGAAUCGCGCAACACGGCGAAUUCCCAUGGCAGGUGUCAAUUCGGUACAUGGGUCAACACGUGUGCGGUGGUACCCUCGUGUCUGACACGUAUGUCGUCACAGCAGCCCACUGCUUUGAGGAUCUAGGCACGUACGCCACUCAAUGGACCAUCGGCGUGGGUCUGCAAUACCACGUGUCAAACUCUCCUAACAACGUGAUCCACGUUAGUCGCGUUACGCCUCACGAACGCUUCAAUCAACGCACCAACGAAAACGACAUCGCAGUGAUCAAGUUGAGCAAACCUAUCGACCUCACUGGACCGUACACCAGAGCCGCCUGUUUGCCUGAGAGUUCCGACCAGUUCGUAAAUGACGUCUGCACAGUUUCCGGAUGGGGUGCAACAUAUUACGAUCCAAAUGGCCGAGCACCUGUCACUGACCAGCUCGAGUACGUGAAUUUAAGAACCAUCAGCAACACGGACUGCACGUAUUACCUUGGUUACGGAAGUAUCCAUCCCAGCAACAUCUGCGCAGGCGCAACAUCAACUGGAGGCCAGGACGCUUGUCAGGGUGAUUCCGGUGGCCCGCUCGUAUGCAAGCGAAGCAACGGUUGGGUGCUGACCGGCGUGGUUAGCUGGGGAGAUGGCUGCGGAAAGGCGAGAAGGCCCGGUGUGUACACCCGCGUGACGUCGUUCCUAGACUGGGUCCGCUCUCACAUGUAUUAAAGGAGUCGAGGGGCUUACGGGCAAAUAUGAACAGAUCUAAGACAACUCGCCGGGAAUCUGAUGUAUUUGUCAUCGUCCCCAACCACCUGUAUUAUUGCUUAAUAAAAUAACAACAUA